AUGAAGGAAACGAGAGAAAACAGGGCCGACCAAACUUGUAACUGGGAGGAGGGAGAAGGCCUUCCAGCGCUGUCGUGCCGCGUCAGGUAUGUGACGUCAGCAGAGGAUCCAGCGGUGUGCAUGUAUCGAAUGAAGGGUGUUCGCGACAACUAUGUUUUCUCUCAAUUAAAAGCUCAAAUGUUGGCGAAGAAUGCCUGGUAUGUGCCUGCAUGCUCCUCGACAGUCGUGCGCCGCGCUCUCUCAAGUCCGUUUUAUCCUGUUAAGUCUGUUCUCUUGACGCCGGUCCUGCUCCGUGAAAUGGCAAACAAGAUUGAGACGGCCAUUCAUCGACGGCGUAAGCUGCUGAAAGCAUACGAGGCACUCCGACAUGGUAGGCGCACAGUGCAAGAGGAAACGCAGGAGCAGGAGGUGCACAAUUCUGUGUGCCGAAAGGCUGAUUCUUUGAAGCAUUUUGGAGAGGGUGGAUGUCCAAAUCUUUCCGUAGAUGAAGUUGAUGACGACGAAGUGGAAGUUCUUCUCGUAACGGAAAGUCUUUUCAGCGAAAUUCUCGGUAUGCCAGUAAACCACCGGCAGUGCUGCGCAGCGCUGAUAGAUGUGCGCAUGCCGACAGUUGAUGAUUUCGGGUGUGUCGGAGCCCCUCCCCACGAACUCUCUGAUUCCCUCGGAGAGCCGACCGCGUCGGCUGAGACCGGGGCACCUCUCCGUCUUACUUCCUCUUCACGAAUAUCACGGACAGUUGGACGAGAAGAUAGUAGUAUUCCUGUAUCUUCUGAUGCCCUCUUUCCCAUGCUCGUUCUGGAUGACGUGCAGAACUCAGACAACAUUGGCACACUUAUGCGGACAGCCUUCUCGUUGGGUGUUAGGUCUGUUCUUUUAUCUCCCGUGUCGUAUGCGGCGGUGAACGCACGAUCCGCCAGAGUAUCGAUGGGAUCCAUGUUCCAUUUGAGGUUACUAAAAUGUGAUCCAAUCUUGGCAGACAGUGCUUUGUGCUCACUGGGCGGCGGUUUCGCUUGGAGUCGCCAUUCUGGAUUAGAUCUGUCAGCGUAUCACUCCGCUCCACGAUCGCCGCUGCCGAUGGCGCUGACCAAGCUGAGGCGUGUGUCGCCGUCGUGCGUUGUCAUCGGCACGAGCCCUGUAGGUGACCCUACAAUCUUGCACCACCCAAAAAAGUGGAUUCGGAACCGACGCCAAACAGCUGGGGUACCGGGCAGCAGCACUUCACUGCAGACUCGCCAGGGUCAACUCGGUAGCGACGGAAACCGUGGGAACUCAGGUGCUGUCGAGUGCCACAGCAGUGCACUACACUCCGAGCGGAUCCCUGAAGCGACGGAGUGUCGGGAUGGUAACUGCGCGGCUGGCGAUGCAACGGCGACAGGUUUUAAGAAGAAUGUGGUCGAGGAGGACGAGGAAAUAUGUUUGGCGGUAGUGGUGGGAAAUGAACAGAAAGGUAGUUCACGGGAGGUUCUUGACGCGUGUGAUGGCAUAGCAGCCAUAGCUCAGGUGAAAGGUGAUUCGUUGAGUGUGUCAACGGCGGCAGCGGUCGUUCUUUAUACGCUACAGCAGGAGACUUUGAUAAAGCUGCGAGAGCAAGUUCCCUUUGUACCUGAUGAGGACCUAAUUCCUGAUGAUUCUUUCUGA